CCCUCUACCAACUGUCAGUGGUCAGUGCGAGGCGUGUCUACAGUGUGGGCCGAGGGGACUGAAAAAGAUAGGACGUACCGUGAGGAACCGCGCUCCGCGUUUCUCCUCGCCACUCCCAUUUACCGGCGGCUGAGCUGCAGCGGGCGCGCGGAGACACACUACGUCUCUUUGACAGUCCGUCAUUUAGAAUAUAUGCAGAAGGCGAAGAACCUGAUACUUACGUCUGGAGAAAAAAACAUUCUCUUGUCGGAAUGACUUUCACCACAUGGGAUAAUUAAUUAGCAGACGGUGGCAUGUAACUAUAGGAUAUUACUAUGUUUGGAUUUAUUGGAGCAAAGACGAUGACUUCUGGUUUUUGCAUGGAUUAAAUGGUGUGCGUACUGAAUCACUUAGUGAAUCAAUUUGUGCAGAAAUAUGUCGCACAAACAUUUCGUGUUAUAUAGCUCUAUUUUCAGCUGACUGACUGCCAUAUAAAUUGUUCGAUAGAUCGAUUAUGUGGAUACUGGUAAAGGACACCGUGCCAGCGUAAUAAACCGGCAUUCAAGAGAACGAAGGCAAUGCAUCAGAGCUCGACAUCAGUCCAGGGAAAAACGCUCUUGCACAGCUGUCGUGAUAGGAACCCGUGGAUGUGCUAGACUCGGUGUCUUUGGUCCGGAUGCGCGUAUGUCUGCAAAGACGCGCGAUGAUCUUCUUCAGCUAUCAACUCAACGGAGAGUUCCUGCGAGCGCUCUGAGUGCCAUAGGAUCGGACCUGUCUGAAGCGCAAAGUUAAACACAACGGGGGUUCGAUCCUGUGACCAAACACAAGAUAGAUUGGUGUAUAAUAGUGAAUGAGUCAAUGACUGCAGUGGAGCUCUUGUAUCUGGCUCAGUAGUGCGGAGUCAUCCCACCCUCGGAUCUGAAGAGAGGAGAGAAUGAACCAACAUUUCAGGAUGUGGUGUCGAACUUUUGGAAGGAGUGUACCCAUGGAGGGGCUGCUUCUGUGCCUGGCUCUGUUCUCCUUGCCCUCCUAUGCCAUGCUGUGCCCCAAGCGCUGUACCUGCCAGAAUUUGCUGCCCUCGUACACUGUGCUGUGUGCCAAAACCGGCUUGCUCUUUGUACCACCCAAUAUCGACCGACAGACUGUUGAGCUAAGACUGAUGGACAACUUCAUCACAACUCUGCGCCAUAAAGACUUUGCUAACAUGAGCAGUCUCAUACACCUCACACUCUCCCGGAACACUAUCAGCCAGAUUAGACCUUAUGCCUUCGCUGACCUGCAGGAUCUGCACGCGCUGCAUUUGGACGCUAACCGACUAACAAUCCUGGAUGACACUCACCUGCAGGGGCUGGUUAAUCUACGCCACCUUAUACUCGCCAACAACCAGCUUCAUAGCAUCUCAGACGGAGCCUUUCAAGACUUCUUAGAAACACUGGAAGAUCUAGAUCUGUCUUAUAACAAUCUGGUGGAUGUACCGUGGGAUACUAUAGCCUUGCUAGCCAGCGUUAACACCCUGAGUCUGGAUCACAAUCUUAUUGAGUUUGUGCCUGAAGGGAUAUUUUCUAAUCUUCACAAACUGGCCAGACUGGAUAUGACGUCCAAUAAGCUAAAAAAGAUUCCCCCAGACCCUCUCUUCCUACGGAUCCCUGUCUAUGCUAAAAUGAAAGGGUCGCCGUUGACCGCACUGGUCCUUAGUUUUGGUGGGAACCCGCUGCAUUGCAACUGUGAGCUGGUUUGGCUCAGACGCCUCACUCGAGAAGAUGAUCUGGAGACUUGUGCGUCACCUCGAGAACUAGCUGGAAAGUACUUCUGGACAAUUCGAGAGGAAGAGUUUGUGUGUGAGCCACCCAUGAUCACCCGUCACACUUCCAAAAUGUUUGUCAUGGAAGGUCAAGAGGUCAGUCUGCGAUGUCGCUCCGUUGGAGACCCCGAACCAACCGUCCACUGGGUUAGUCCUGACGGGAAGCUGAUCAGCAACACCUCACGCACCAUAUGUUAUGAAAAUGGCUCUCUUGAUAUCUUAACAGCCACAGUGAAAGACUCAGGUUUGUUCACCUGUAUAGCUUCCAAUGCAGCAGGAGAGGCCACAGCUCCAGUGGAAUUAGUAGUAAACCCCUCACCGCAUUAUGAUCCCAAACUGGAGCCAGAACCGGGACCCUCGGACAUGCCUACUUCCAUAAAGUCCAACAGUAGUGGCAGUGGGGGCCAGGCACGAGCAGAUCAGCGAGUCAGUGUCUCUGAAAUCACCUCGACCUCUGCAGUGAUCCGCUGGCCUCCACAAAGCCACAUCCCUGGAGUCCGCAUGUACCAGAUCCAGUACAACAGCACAACCGAUGACAUUCUUAUAUACCGGAUGAUUCCAGCCUCCCAUAAGUUGUUCAUACUGAGUGACCUGGCAUCAUCACGGGACUACGAGCUUUGCAUCUUGGCUGUCUACGAUGAUGGCAUCACAGCUCUCACUGCUACACGAUUGGUCGGUUGUGUGUCCUUUACUACAGAGCGCGAGUUCCACCACUGUCGCUCAAUCCAUGACCAGUUCCUGGGUGGCACCAUGAUAAUUGUAAUCGGUGGGAUUAUUGUGGCGUCAGUCCUUGUCUUCAUUUUCAUACUUCUGAUGAAGUAUAAACUUCACAGCCAGCACUACAAGCAGAAGGCUGCCCGCGUCAGCAACGUUUGUUCUCAGACCAACGGUGGCCAGCAGGGGGCGGCAUCGGCCCCUCCACCCAGGUCAUCCUCCUCCUCUGGCUCGGCCAACAAGCCCUACGCCCCUCUCGGGUCAGAUAGACAAGAAGGGUCCCAUGGCCUAGAGGGGGGUUACGGAGCACUAAAAGGGACCACUGUGGUGGAUUUGAACCCAGAAUACGGAAAAUCAGUAAAAGAGGAAGACUCCAUAUCACAAUAACACAGGGUUCAAAUCCCACUUCCCUCCCAUCCUUUUCACACCACAACCUAUUUUCUUUUUCAAUUUUUUCUUUUCUUUUCCUUUUUUUAUUUUAUUUGGGUCCUGCUGCCAUAUUGAGGAUUAUAUCCUGUCCAAGGAAAACUUCUCAGUCUGGAAGCAAGAUGCAGAAUGCCAGAUUAAACAGGAUUGAAGCUAAUCUAUUAGUAGGACAAGAUGUGGGUGGAAAGCAAAUAUAACAGCCAUUCUGUCUUCAGUUCCUUAUGCAAGACUAUCCCUAGUCCAUGGAUAUUAUGUGCCUCUUGAGCAAGAUUUUUUUUUUCUUUUUUAACCAGAGGCUAUUGGCCCAAAAGAGAAGAAUCAUCAGAUCAAUUUUAUGGAAAUAGGGAGGAAAACACAUCCCUUUGGGAGUAUGUUGCAUUAUUUUUUUCUAAACAUGUGGAAAGUAUCAUGAUAAAACAUCAGUGUUUAAUAGAUUUAGGAUGCCAAUCUCCGCAAUGGUUCAGUGUCAAAGGAUUGACAUCUAUGGAUUCAAGGUUUUCCUGGAAGCUCAUGUGGAUACAGUCUAAUCAAAGUUCAAUUAAAUAUUGAUGAGUCUGUAUUGAGUUAACAUUCGUGGACCCUCUGGAACACUUUAUUAUGGAUUCAACUAUAUUGUCUCAGUUAAUGACUCUGGCUCUCUCUCUCAUUAUUGGGAAACUGAACAAAAUGAAUCAAUAUUCAUCUGAGUAGCAAGCAUGGGGAGUGUAUUCUUUGGAUCUGGAGAUUAGGUCAAACAGGACAGGGACCACCAAAACACUGAUUAUCACAAUGCACUAAAACAUUCAGAAUCUCACGUAUCAACAAGGAUUGAUGGUAAAAAGUUUUGAGAACUCUAUAUCUGAUAACAGACUAUCUGGAAGCAGGAUAGCAUGGCAACUAUACCGUGGGCCUCUUUGACCCUUGGCUUGCUAAAAUAAAUGCUGUUCUUUUUUCCCCCUCCAAUUGACUGUACGUAUUUGUAUGUGAAGUACACCUCCAGCCAUCUCUGAUUUGAAUCAUUCGAUUUUAAAGAGAAAAUAAUAAUAAAAAAAUAUAUACAGUAUGGGAUGGAAU